AUUCUUUUAAACUUCCGGUUUUCCUCCCUCCUAAGUUUCGAUUUUUUCGAACUAAAAUAAUACUUAAAAACAUAAAAACCAACACAAUGUCAACCUUUUUUAAACACAAUUCAAACCUGAUGAUGGUAUUAGGUACAGGUUUAUGUGUUGGUGUAGGAGGCACCAUUCUUUAUUUCAAACUAACGAGUGCUUUCUUGAGAGAAAUCCAUAGAUUGUCGUCGUCAAUAGAAACUUUGAAAGCAGAAAUCAGUAUCCUAAAUGAGAAACUUGAAGGAAAGUCAAAAUGGAGAAAAAAGAGAUCUGGAUACUAUUCUGUUAUCAGUGCAAGUAGUGGUGAUGAAACUGACAAUUAUGAAGAUGCUCUAGGAGGCUCCAGUGAAUUUGAAACUCCAACAGAAGGGGAUUCCGAUACUGAAGAUAUAGUAAAAGUUGAACAAAGUGCUGAUGUCCCUGCCCUUUAUACAGAGAUUGAUACAUUCAUAGAUGGGGGAGAAACAGAAAAAUUAAAAGCAUAUGAACUUCUUCAAAACAACAAAACUAAGUAUCUCACUGAUGCUGAUUUCCAUUGGAGAUUAGCUAAGUGUACAUACCAGUUAGCACAGAUAGAAGGAGGGAAAGGAAAUAUUGAAAAGAAAAAAGAAAUGCUUUACACAGCCAAAGAUACAGCUGAAAGGGCCUUACAUCUCAAUCAGAAAUCAGCUAAUUCACACAAAUGGUAUUCCAUAACAUUAGGAAGUAUUGGUGACUAUGAAGGAACACAGAACAAAAUAAAGAAUGGUUAUACAUUUAAGGAGCAUAUAGAAAAAGCCAUAGAACUCAACAAAACAGACCCUUCUAAUCAUCAUUUACUUGGGAGAUGGUGCUAUGGUGUUUAUAUGUUAUCUUGGUUAGAGAGGAAGGCAGCAGCUACAUUAUUUGCUACACCACCUACCUCAACAGCUGGGGAAGCUUUGACACACUUUUUAGAGGCAGACAGACUCAACCCAGGUGUAUGGAAAGAAAAUUUAUUAUACAUUGGAAAGUGUUAUGUAGAACUAAGCAAGUACCCUGAAGCUGUAGAAUGGUUAGAAAAAGCCAGUCUUCUGCCUGUAGUUAGUCAAGAUGACAAGACAGCAGAAAUUGAAAUAGAAUCAUUACUGGCAAAAUAUGGAGGAAAGUGAAGGGCAGGCUGAUAUUGUUAAUUUGAUCUCAGGAGAAUUCAAUCAAGAAAUUUAUCAUUCAGAUUUGUUGUUAUAUAAUUGUUUUGAUGUCUCUAUACAUUUAGCUUUAUUACAUUUAAUAACAUAAGUUUUUAUUGUAUACUUGUUUUUGAGAAGAAAAUAUAUUUUUUUUAUGGAAAGUAAUAUUAAUAAGAAAAUAAAUUGUUUGUGAAGUUUAAAUUUUUUGAAAUGUUUAUAUUAUCAGUUUGUGUAUUUCAUGAUGCACACAGAACUGAAGCUGAUUUAUUUGGGUACAUAAGUGUAUUUGUAUGAUAGUCUAAUUUGAUCAUUACAGACUAAUGUUAUCCUUAGUAAAAGAGUCUUUUUCAGUAUCUGCUAUUGCAUCAUGUGAUCUUGAGCUUUCCCCAAUAAUUCAAUGGAUUAGAAUGAGAAAACCAGAGACACCACUUUAAAAAUGAGAGAAUAUAUUUUUCAAAAUUUGCAUAAUUUAGUUUGCAUCAGAUAAUUUUCUUACAUUACUUUAAAAUUGUUUUAUCUAUAACAUUUUUGUCAGUUUUUUUGUGUGUGGUUUUUUUUGAUUUUUUUUAAGUUUCAAGUUGUCCCAUAUUAAGAGUUGCCAUGAAGAAAAUUCUCAAGUUGAUGGCUUCAUUGAAUUUUGUUCAGCUUAUUUUUUAAUGAAUACUCCCUUGUUUCUUUUAUACUAACAAUCAAUGUUGAUAAAAAAAAAAUUAUUGAAAGUAAUAUUAAUAAGAAAAUUCAUUGUGAUUUGAAAAAUUCCUGAAAUGUUAAGAUUAUCAAUUUGUAUCCUUCCACCAUAAAGAGAUUGUGCAUUUUAAGUAUUGUACUGUCCAUAGUUUUGAAACUUCAAGAGUUUUAUUGAAGUAAAAUACUUAAAAUCAUGAUUUAUUUUGUAAGCAAUUACAAUUCAUAUGUUUGAACUUAUGCUAUUACUGUUUUUCAUUAUUAUACAAAGUUUCAUGAUUUGAUUAAAUCAGAGUUGUUGUCAAAUAAUACUCAGAUAUCUUUUCUAGUAUAUACAAAUUAUGUUGUGUUUAAUUGAUAAAAAACAAAUUAAAAAGAUUUGUUAUUUAAUAAUUGUAAUAGAAUGGCAUAUAAAUUUUGUUAUUGUUGUCUAAAUUAUCUUGUAAUUGUAUAACACACUAGUUUAUAGAAUUAGAUCAACUAAAGGUAGCUAAAAAUAGAUUUAACAAUUAGAGACUACUUUUAUUUAGAUGUUGUGUGAAUUGUGUUUAAUAUUUGAAAGUCAACUGUGUGAUAUUUUUAUUUUCAUAACUUCCUUUUAUUUAUCUUUUAAACAAAAGGCAAAUGUACAUUUGAAAAAUAUAACUGUCAUAGUGACUAACAAAAUCAAGUUGUCCAAAAAUAAAAUGAUAGAAAAUAUAAAUUUCAGUAAAAAAAUGAAAUUUACCAUUAGUAUCAAAUGUUUGCCCCUAUAAUUAAGUAUAUUUCAUUUAUUAUUAUCAUGCUUUAAAUUCCUAUCCUUAUAAAACUAAGGAGAUGUUGUAUGAUUACCAAUACAUAGAAACAACUAUCAACCAAUAAAGUAAAGGCUCCUGAGAUGGAACAGACACAGUGACCUAAAGUUGCUAUCAUUUGGUCUCUGGCAGAUUGUAUUUUGUUGGCAAUUAAACCACAUCUCCCUUUUUUUAUUAGGUACUUUUAGAUUCUUUUUUUACAAAUGAGAACUGAAUUGUAUUGCAUCUUAUUAAUUUUUAUUUCAUGUAUUUUGAUCAUGCUUCAAAAGUCCCAACUUGCAGUAAUAUUGAAAUCCAUGCAUGUGAACAUACAUGAAUGUUAUUCUACUUAAAAUAUGAACAAAUAUUUUUUGUGAACAAAUGUUAUGUUUUUGAAACAGAUAAUAUGGCAUUUUUCUAGACUUCUUUAUAGUUUAAUAGUUUUACAAGUACAAAAAAAAAACAUACUAUCAGCUCUUUGUUAUAGAACAAACCCUGGCUUUCUGACAGUGAAUAUUUUAUAUAUAAGUUCUAUAUAUACAUUUGAUAUUGGUUCCCAGUAGGAUACUGUAAUGUAUGCAUUGGAAGCAGUUGCUACAAAAACUGUUUAUGAUCUAAUACAUAAAAAUCUAAUUACAAAAAAGUCUUUGAUAAGACGACCAAAAAUAUCUAAGAUCAAACUUGCCUGAUUGAAAAAAAAAUCAGAUUAUGAACAAGUUUGUUUAUUAGAAAUUAUCUUAAUAUUGAUAUUUAAAAGAGAUAAAUAACAUGAGAGGUUGUUGAUAUGAAACUGUUGUAAAACUUUGAAAAUAAAUUUUACGAUUUGAUAGUUUAUAUAUACAUUUGUUGUUACAAAGGGUAUCAAUAAAAUACUACUCAGUCAA